UGUUGGGAGUAAAUGAAUCUUAGCCUGCCUUCACACGAAAAGCUUCGCUUGCCUGUGACUUUCGGAGGAGAUUGAGCGACGCGGAAGCAGUCGCCUUCAACCUUCCCGAAUUCGAUCCACGGGAAGCACCCCAUGCUCUAGCUUCCAUGAUAUAGUUGCUGUGCCUGCUAAACCCCUGCAUGCUAAGUGCUUGGAUGUCGUCCCAAGUUCGACUAGCAUACUGAAGGCUUUGCUGAAUCGCCUGGUCACCACAAGGGGAUUUGUUGGGAUUUGGGACCACAGUUGCAUGUAGACAUGAAUGUAGGUGGUAUUUCUGUUUGAAGUAAUAGAUGGAGCUGCAAUAUAGUGUUUCUUGACUCUUCAAUCGAAGCAUCAAUUUGAGGAUGGUGUUCAGUAAGUAGUACAACUAUUAGGUACACCUAUCUUGAUUUCAGAGGUACUUUAACUAUGUACUGGUGCAAUUUAUGAUUUUUUUGCAUUUGGGCUGCAUUAAAUAAGGAAUGUUUAUUUGUUAAGAGCUAUUUCAUGUUUGGGGGCAGCUUUGCAGUGGCACAUUUAGGUAUCUUGAUGCUGUAGCGGGUGAUAAGGAAAUAUUAGAAAGUGUAGCAUCAUUUGUUUAUACAACGCAGAUCAAAUUCAUCACUUGUACUAUGCCUUUCCUUUGUUUAUAGAAGGUCUAUAUCUGUUGCUCAUCUUAUUGUUCAAGAUCAUAUUUUCUGCUACAGCUGUCUUACACAGAAAAUCUUUUUGGAUAUCGUGGGCAAGCCGGCAAAGUAUUAAAACAAAAUUUCGCAGCAGAGCAGAAUUUCCUGAGUUCAUCGAUGUCAUUGCAUAUUGGGCGACUUUCCUCACAUGUGCGCCAAGGAUAUCUUGAACACCUUUUUCAGGCUUUUGGACGCUGCACAGUGAAGCUGAAAAAUGGAUAUGGAUUUGCAGUGUUUGAUUCCAGUGAUGAUGCAGCUCGAGCCUUGCGGGAACUGCAUGGGAAACCUGUUUGUGGGGAACGCAUAACUGUUAAUUGGUCAAAACAUCAGCCUAAAUUUUCUCUCAGUUCCAGGAGAAGUUCAAGGUUCAUAGAGUCAUCUCAUGGAAGGAGAUCCAAAGAUGGUGUGGGCAGUCUUAGGUUCAGUGAACCUGCAGAUCAGAAGAAUCACCAUACAAGUAAUGCUACGAGUUGUAACCCUGAUGGUGCAGCAGAAAAGAGAUCUGAUCAAAAUGCGGAGGGUUUGGAGGAUGUAGGAGAUGAUGAAGAUCCAGGGGAGAUGAAGAUGGGCGACGGAGGUACUAGUGAUGCAAAUGCAAUUGAGCAUGAUAGAUGGGGUGACGCUGGAAAGGGAAAUCACGGUGAGGAUGGUGAUGAUUUUGACCGUUUUGAACCUUAUCAUGGCUAUGGCAAGAAAGAAGAAAAGGAAAAGAUUGGUAAAGCAGAUCAUGGUCAUUUUUCAGAGGUGUGGCAAAAUCACCCUGUCGAGCAUUUUGACCUGAACCAUGAUAAACCAAAAUAUUGUCCAACCUGCUAUAAUUGUGGCUCUGCUGGCCAUGUUACUCGUAAUUGCUCUGAAGAAGCUGUUGGCAAAUUCAAAACAUUGGGAGGUGGGUUAAUUUUGAAAGAAAAGCAGAAGCCAGGACCGAGAAGGUUCGGUUCUCCCUUGAAGAGACGGCCAGAAUUUCAUGUUGAUCCAAUGAUUCAAGCACAUCACAGAGUUCAAGAUAACAGGAAACCAGUUUCUGAUGGGACUGGCAGAGCGCCUAGGUUGAGUGAUGUGUCUAGAUUGAACAGAAGACAUACCCCUUACAGUCAAAAUGUGCCAAAUGUCCCGAAGGAAGCACAAAUUGGAAAUAUUGGAAACAAGUCAAAAAGAUCCCGUGAGCCAUCUCUCUCUUCUGACAGGAGUUCCGCAUACUCAAGAUCCAGAUCUUCCUGUUCUCAUUCGAGAGCACAGUCUCCAUCUCAUUCUGCAAAUUAUAGUUCAAAAUCAUCUCAGCCAAUCCAGCCUGAAGGAUUAAAGUUGAGGUCGAUAUCAAAUAUCAGCUAUCCUGGUCCAUUAUCAGUGUCUGUUUCACCACAAUGCGACUCUCUGCCUGCUGCAGGGAACAAGAACUUAGAUGUUCUGGUGAACUCAACUCUUGGGAGCAAUUUAGAUUCCAAAACAAGAUCUGAAUUCAAAGUCAAGGAUGAUUACAAACAAGAAGCCGGAGGUUCAAGAUCGAAUAAUGAGGUUCCAGUUACAUCAUCCAAGUUGAAUACCCUAAGCAAUGGAGAAUUGCCUGUACCUGGCAAGGAUGUUAAGGUGGCAGGUCACACAGAGGCAAACUUGCAUAAGGGUGUGGUUGAUGAUGAUAUUGUUGGUAAUAGAGUGCCAGGUCAGAAGACCAACCCUGGGUACACUUCAUCAGUGAAGAAGCCAAACAAGGAAAAUCUGGCAAAAAGUGGGAGGGACAUUUCUUUGAAGCUAACAAUGAAUGAAGUUGUCUCGGCUCUAAAGCACUAUGGAAUGGAAGCACGUGAGAUAGGUUUAUUGAACCAACCUGUGGAGAAAUUCUUUGGUGCUGCACGCCUAUGGCCAUGGGAAAUUAUUUAUUACCGACGGCGUAAAAAAGGUCCAAUUUCCACAGAGAACUAUGCUAAGCGAGUUGAGCAGAACAAAGAAUUUGGUAUUGUUGAUCAGUAUGUCCGAAGCAGCAGUGGUUGGUGGGAAUGCCACUAGAAUAUCAGACCGGUAGUUUAGUUGCAGCCAUAUGCUAUCCCGACUCACAUAUGCAUUUUCAGGAUGACAAGGUUUGUGCGUCCUUGUUAGGAUUUCAUUCUCUCUUCCUUUAUUACCUUGGGUCUUCUCCAUGGAUAUUACUAGGCUGGGUAGAACUGCAAAGUGAGGUGCUUUCAUCAUACACUUGUGUUGAGUAAAAUUUAAUUACAACUAUGCUGGGUUCCAGAAUAUGCUGUAUGACAUAUCAUCACGUCACAUAGAUUAUUUAGGGAUUUAGGUAUGCAUGUUCCAUGUGAUGUGCCUUUUUAGUUGCAACUUUCCAUCAACAUUUUAUCCCAGUAUGGAAAAUUUGGAUGAUCAACUGACAGCAAAGAUGAUAUAUUUAUUAUUUAGAGCCUGCUUGGAUUGUUGUAAAUCUAGAGGGAGGGCUGGUAUUUAGUUUAACUUAAGUUUACCAGCCCCUCCCACGAAAAAUACAACAUUCCAAGCAGGGCCUUGGGAGGAUACAGCUAGUCUCAUAUUUAGCAGGCGUAUGAAGUUGAGAAAGGCUGCUUUCCCCAGUGUGUUAUCUUUUCACCGAGAUCAGAGCAUGUAAGGAUGUUCUUCAACCAGGAGCGGUAUUUUGACGUGGUACCUUUCUUCUGACAAAGAGUUAUGCGAUAUCACACAGAGCACUUUGAUGACUUCUUUACACUUCUGAUUAUUACGUCGAAUCCAAAUUUUCAAGGCUGGUUUACAGGUGUUGCAAAUUGUCAAACAAGGCGGAGAUUUGUCACUGCCAGGCUGAUCAGUGAUCACCGAGAACUAUGCCUUGUGUUGAAAAUUGGAGGAUUUUGAUCCCUGACCAUUUGUUGUUUCACCAAUCAACUGGUCUCCGAUGUGAAUUUGCAAUCCCACUUAUUACUGUAUUUCAAUGCAGGAGGCUACGCAUAUUGUCUUC